AUGUAUGAAGAUUCGUGGUACAGUUUUGUGCCCGAAGUGCCAAAGAAACCAGCCGCGCCUUCCCAGUCCCAAAGCCAUGGACGAAAGGAGUCGCUACUUCAACAGCCAAAUAACAGCUUACAUCUAUCGCAGGGCGAUGUGAAGGACGAGCGGACCGAACGGCUAGACCAUGUUUUUGAGGAGUUGGAAGACACUAAUACUCCGCCGGAACCGACUAUAAUUCGCCGUGCCGCCUCAUACACGGACUUUUACUACGUCGUUCGCGCCCAAUUGACAAAGGAUGGCCAACGGCGACGCAAGAAGAAGCCUGACAAGAAGAGUAGGGCAUGGGAAGCGUUGCUGUUAAAGGGAGAGGACGAUGCUGAUAGAAAUUACUCGGCAUCUGAACCACUUGACCAGGCGUUUGAAAGGCAACUGUUAGAGGAGAGCCAACAAGAGUAUUUAUUGUACUGUGACCAGCUUUCACUAACGGAACGUCAUCUCGACGGUCUCAUAGAUGAUGCUGAUGCCACUCUAGCGCUUCUGACGUCUCUUUCGGACUCCUUCCAAUCAGUGGAUGCACAGACGACGACGUUUCAGGCCCAAUGCGAAGGUCUUCUAAAAGAGAAACAACGAUUGAAGACACUUGCAGAUGAAGUUGAAACCGAUUUAUACUAUUAUCUCUACUUGGACACUGCAACCCGUCGGCUCAACGCUCCAGGCGCCAGUCGACUGGUCGACGACGAAGAAUUUGGCACACUGAUCGGCAAUAUAGAUUCUUGUAUUGACUUCAUGAACCGUCACGAAACAUAUCGGGAACGCGACACGUACCUGGCGCGAUACAGUGCGCUACUCACCAAGGCCUUGCAUCUGUUGGAUCAUGGAUUUUCCACUCGCCUGGAAAAGUCAUCCACAGAGAUUGCUCGUCAAGUUGCGGCGGCGGCAUCCGACUCUGCUCGCCAUGCUUUGGCAUACGGUCGUUUUGCAGAGAUGAUUGCUGAUACGUACUCACUGCUGCCCAACGUACAACAAGUUGUCCGGAAUGCAUACGACCAGUACGGUAGAGCCUUGGAAUCUUCGACAAAGGCCGAUAUUUAUGCCAAUUCAGCCACAAACAUGUUCCAUACCUAUUUGACCACGAGGGACCGAGAUUUGAAAACAAUAACCCAACGUGACCUGGAAGAGUACCAAAAGGCAGCCAAGAGCCUCUCGGUGGAAACAGCAUCUCGCAACUAUGUCAAGCAGCUUUUUGAAAGAAUUUAUAAUGAGGACGCUUUGUUUUUGAAAAUAUUCGGCAUAGAACCAAUGUGGAAUACAGCAACGACAUCGGCCUUCCAAGCUCUCAAGGGAAUCAACACAAUGAUGGUCCACCCAGGUCAUAUUGCGCCCCUUGGGAACACCAUGCAGAGUGUUCUCCAAACAGCCAAGCUGGAAUCGGUUUGCAGUGUUGUGGGGUGGCUGGCAAAUGAAUACUCGGUCGCUGAACAAGAUGAGGAAGAGUCUUACUCUGGACGAAAACACCGCGAGUAUGCGGCAAGAUUACUUGUGGAUCAUCUUUGGCCAUUCACCGACAAUGCCUUUGACGCGGAAAUUACAAAAUCCAUUUCCAAAGCCGCCCUACAAGACCAUGAUUUGAAAAUUGGCCCAGUGGUGGACGGCGUUGCUUCGUCAAAUGCUUAUCCACUUGUCAAGAAAGCCAUUGAGUUACUGUCCAAGUUUGACCACGCAAUGCCAAAGGAACGCUCGUCCAAAAACAGCUCCGUCGUGUUCAAUAUUGUCCGCGAGACCAUUCGAGUACUCCAGCGAGCUGAAGCAAGAAUUCAGUCACUAAAGUCCGGCACGGAUCCUGAUCUCUUCAUGGUGAAGAACCUUCUUAUCGUAAAGAACGAAUUGGUCUCCCUCGAAAUAGGCGAUAUCCGUAAUCAUCCCCAAUCUAUGCAGCAUUUUGGCCAGAUAUGGGAUACCUUGAGCCCAACAAACUGGGUAAGCUUCUUUGGCAGUAUUCUUGGGGGGUCAAUCUGGUCAAGAGGCGCGCCAUCCGUAACAGCCAAAACGCUCACGGCAGAGGAUAUGAGUGAGCAGCUGGACGAAUUGCUCCGACAAUCAAUCUAUGCAUUCACAAAGCGGUGGGCAACGCUAAUUAACGAUUCAACGAACCGCAAAACCGGGGUCAAACCGAUUGCCAAGGUGGAGGCUGAGCUGGAGUCUAUUCUUGAUACGGCAUUCAGUAAUCAGCCUGAAGUGAUUGCGAAGCUCAAGGAAGCUAUCAAGCUCAAUGCGCAAGCGCAAAAUAAUGUAAAAGAUGAAAAACAAGGUGUGAAACGGUAUUAG